AUGGAAACCGUACUCCAGAGCGAGAAACCGGAUAUUAUCCCCGGCACCGACGUCGUCUUUACGGGCCAGGAUGCCGGUGAAGCAAGUGCCAGCGAGGUCGUGCUUAUUCCUCAGCCGACGCCGAGCUCAGAUGAUCCCCUCAACUGGAGCCCAACGUGGAAGUCCAUCAUCAUCUUCAACCAGUUCGUCUUCGUUUUCGUGAGCAUCAUGACGCCGAUGGCUAUCGCGCCUAUGACGCUCAUCUUCGAGGCCGAGUUCGAUAAGACUCUUCCCCAAGUCAACAUGUUGUUCGGCGCGGCCGCCAUCACGCUUGGAUAUGCUAACUUUCUUAUUGUGCCCGCCGCUAAUGUUUUUGGGCGACGUCCGGUCGUUUUGGUUUGCGGCAUUAUCUGCAUUCUUGCCAACGUCUGGCAAGGGCUCGUUACCAGCUACUCUAGUUUCCUGGGCGCACGUGUGAUUUCGGGAUUGGGUGCUGCGGCGAAUGAGAGUAUUAUGCCGAUGGUUGUGGCGGAUAUGCUGUUUCAGCAUCAGAGGGGCAGUAGUAUGGCGCUGUACUUUUGGGCAUAUUUCCUAGGCCUUUUCAUCGGGCCUAUUAUUUCAGGGGCAAUCGCUUCGCAGAUCUCAUGGAGGUGGUUUUUCUGGGUCUGUACCAUCUUACAAGGUGCAAGUCUCAUCUUCCUCCUGCUCGCCCACCCGGAAACCAAGUACGACCGCCCUAUACCCCGUGCGCCGAUUACUGCCGCGGAGGUUGGGAUCUCCAAUGCUGCUGCAGGCAAGCCCAACGACGGUAUAGUCUCCAGUUCCAGCUCCGAAGCGCAGGUGCAGCCCUUCGCCCUCACAGCCGCCGACCACAGCGCCACCGGCCGCCCGUCACGCGCGCAGUUCUCCCUCCUACCUCUCCGGAGGCGCCUCCGCUACGGCCACGGGUACAAAGAGCACGGGCAGAGCCUCGGCGCCGUUCUAGCACGGGACGUCAUCUCGCCUAUCAAGAUUCUCUUCUGCUACCCGAUCGUGCUCUGGGCGUCGUUGUCUAUGAGCUUCGCGGCAAACUCGCUAUUGGCGCUAAACCUGACGCAGACGCAGGUGUUCGGCGCACCCCCGUAUUUCUUCACGCCCGAUCAGAUCGGCUAUGUUAACUUUGCGUUUGUGGUGGGUGCUGUUAUUGCCUUGGUCACGGCGGGUCCGUUGUCUGAUUGGAUUGCGCUGAGGCGCGCAAGGGCCAACGGGGGUGUGUUGGAGGCGGAGAUGAGGCUGCCGGCACUGGUGCCGUAUAUCUGCGCCAAUCUCGUCGGCAUGGUGGUUACGGCUGUGGGGUACCAGCGAUCUUGGGCGUGGGAGGUUAUCGUUAUGGUUGGGUACUCGCUUGUUGGGCUGCAGGUCGUGGGGAUCCCGGCCAUUUCGAUCGCAUAUGCGGUCGAUUCGUACAAAGCACUUCCCGGUGAGAUUAUGAUCGCUGCCACCAUCGUGAAGAAUACCUUCGGGUUCGGUAUGAUUUUCUAUUUCAAUGAUUGGGCAACACGGUCCGGGUUCAUUCCUCCUGUACUGCUACUAAUGGCCCUUACAUGCGGCUUCUCGAUCCUUGGCUUGGUUGUCUUCAUCCCCUGGGGGAAGCAAUUUCGCCGCUGGACUAAGGACUCCAAGUUACAUUCCCUAUAG